AAUGUUGGCGCUGAGUACGGCGCUUGAGCUGCGCUCACAGCUGGAGCGAUUUGGAUCAAGAAAAAGUGGUUGGGUUUGGUCGCUGGCCAGUCAGGCAGCCGAUCGUGCGCUCGUCUCAUGAGCGACAUACUACAGCUAAAUAUGUAAAUAUGACUAGAGCUUCGACUUCGUUGACUCGACGACGGCCGCUCAUCGUUGCGACUUCAAUGCGCUUUUGCGGUCGCGGUCACAGCCAAUAAACAGUACAUUGGUAGACGUUUAGAAGAAAACACUGGAACACGCUGAACACAUCGUCGUCGUCGUCGCCAAGCUGAGUCGAGUCGGUGAACGUAAAACGGCUCUUAUUUGUAUUGCAACAACAACUAACGCUACGAAGCUACAAAACAAAGAAAUAAAGAAAGAGAACAGAGACAAUAAAUAAAUAAUUAAAAUAAUAUUAAGUCAAUAAAGGCAAUAUAAUAAGCGCGCAUAUUGAUUAAGAACCAUAGCAUAGUACAGUUUCGGGUUUGCGGAAAUGUGUUGAAAUAUACCGUAAUCAAUAAAAUUUAAAUUCCAAUAAAGACAACUGCUAAAGCCAACCACGCGAAAGCUCAUAGCGAAAGGGGAGUGCAAUUAAAUUGGAGUGUGUGUGUGUUUGUUUUUGUUUUUGGUUGUAUUUUUGCCUGAUUACGACGAGUAAUAAUCAAUGACAUUUAAUAACAAAUACACACAUUAACAUACAUACAGACAGACAGACAGAUAUGUAUAUUGUCGUGCAUGAAAAAUCCAAAUAAAAUAAAAUAAAUAGUACAAAGUGCAAAGCAGCGAAGCCACGAAGUCGGUUGGCGAAAGCAAAAAGCAAGAAAGUAUCUAAAAGUGUAUGGAAAUUCGUUAUUAAUAUUAUUAAGCAAAUAAAGUGAAUUAUUGAGAUUCGUUAGAGCGCAAAAACAACAAAAACAAUAGUUGCAAAAUAGCAACAACAAACACAAGAGCAAUAAAUAGCGAAAGCACAUAGAAAAAAUACAACAGAAAAUUACAAAACUAGACGACAAAAAAAUAUAACAACAAAAAUAACAACAAAAGUAUACAACAAGAACAUUUUACAACAAUAUCAAAAAUAUACAACAACAACAGCAAACAUUUUACCACAACAACAAUCAAAAUUUAUAACAACAACAACAACAACAAGAAAAUUUUACAACAAUAUCAAAAAUAUACAACAACAACAGCAAACAUUUUACCACAACAACAAUCAAAAUUUAUAACAACAACAACAACAACAACAAGAAAAUUUUACAACAAUAUCAAAAAUAUACAACAACAACAACAAACAUUUUACCACAACAACAAUCAAAAUUUAUAACAAACAACAACAACAACAAAAGUGUACAACAAUAUUUAAAAAUAUAAACAACAACAACAAACAUAUAAAAUAAGAAAUAAACAACAACAAAAAGAAAAACUGUUCAACUCAAUGUUUUUACAACAAACAUAAUACAAUAACAACACUCUACAACAACAACAAACAUUUACAACAACAGCAAAACCAAUAAAUAUCGAAAUCUAAUAAAAAACGCGAUAUACAACAACAAAAACAACAGCAAAUCCACCGUAUUCGCGGAGAGAUAACGCUCAAUUUGCAAGGCACAGCACCUGCUGAUAGGCGCACGCAAAGGGUUGCCGCACACUAAAAGGUACAAUACAACAGCAGCUACAACAACAACAACAACAGCGAAACGCGCAAGCAACGCUAAUUAAAUAAAAAUACAACAAACGCAAGCAGCUAUGCACAACAACAACAAAGCAACAAAGUAGAUUAUAUAAAUAAUUUAAUAAUAAAAAACAACAACAACAAAAAGCAAAAAAAAACAUAUAACCGUGCACAGCGCAACUGUUCUGUAGCGGCAAGUGUGAAAAUGCUAAAGAGCCAAUUACACGCUUAGUAAUAGAAUAGGCGCGGGCGUGAGCGGCGGUGAGAAGCAACAAGCAGGUGAAAAAUUCAACCAAGUCGUGAAUAAGAAGUUUGCGACUACAGAUUACAAACAUAUUUGGAUCUACACCUGGAACUCUUUGCACGCAAUUGCUGAGCGAUUUAAGCGCUAACACCGAGACCGGUGGCUAGAAGAAGCUUAGAGUUGAGCAGUUGGUAAAAUAAGUCAGCGUGACCGGUGCACGUUGUGGCGACGUGCAACUGUUGGCAGUAUUUUUUGCAAAGCAACAACAACAAUAAGAAUAAUUUUAAUAAGUAACAACAACAACAAUUUUUUUUAUACAACAAUAAUAAUUGUAAAACACAACAACAAUUGUAAUACUAGUGAUUAAAGCGAAUUUUGUGAUAUAAGCAGCGUCAAAACAUAUAGCAUUACACAAAAGUGAGGUUAAAUAAGCGCACAUAAUAUAUUUUUUAAUUGGCGAGAAGCAAAAAACAAAAAAAAAAACAAAAAACAAAAAAAUAUUUUCGCUUAAGCUCGCAAAAUUUCCAAAGUGAUAGCGAGGCUGGCUUACAAUCAUUAAUUGCGUUUUAACAGCGAACAAGUAAACAAACAAACAACUAAUACCGCUGUGGAAAAAUAAAUAAAAUCGAAAGAAUACGCUUCAAAAGCGUCUAGCAGAUUAAACGUAAUAAAUAAGUGUGAAAAUAAAUGCAAAAAAAAAUAAUAAAAAAUAUAACAAAUUGAACUUGAACACUGAGCGCGCGCUAAUCACAGAGCAACUGUAAACAAACGGCAUUGGCGCUUGGUGCAAUAGCAAAAACAACGAAUAAUUAGCACAAAACUAAAAAACAAAAACAACAACAACAACAAGUGCAGCUAGAGUCACUUAGUCGGCGAGUCAGUAAGUCAGUCAACGAAGUGCGCUUUAAAGGCGUUUGACUGAAAGUUAAGUUGCGCAACAACUAAAACACUAGCACAACAACAACAAGCAUCAGCUCCGCACCGCACAAACCGGUUUUGCAGCGCAAGGUCAACCGGCUAACGCCGCCGCCAAAUACAGCGAGUAGGAAAGCAAUCGAAAACAAAUAAUUCAAACAUUUGAACCGUUAAUCACAGCAGCAUAGUAGGCACAGCGACACGCAUUUCCGAAAAAAAAAAACGAAAAAAAAUUGAGUUCAAUCAAAUCAAAUCCUUUGUGACAGCGGCCAAAAUGGAGACACAACUCACCACCUGGUUUAGUUGUAAUGAGGAAACACAGUGUUACGACAGCAACAACAAUAACAACAACAACAACAACAGCUGUGAAAACAAUGAGACUAACAAUUUAUACAACAGUGACAGCAAUAACAAUAACAAUAACACUAAUAAUGUGAAUGAGAAUGAGAAUGAGAAUAGCAAUAGCAAUAGUAAUAGCACUAAUUAUGCCAACACAACUGACGCACAAGACACAUUUAAUCACCGCAAGACGAGCGAACUACGCCAGACGCGCUUACAACGUCAGCACGAGCAGCUGCAUCACUCACAAUCACAAUUAGCACUGCAAUCACCUGACAUUGCCAGCUCAAUACAACAAACUCCAGUCGCACAAAGUGCAGAGCACGCGAACUGCGGCGAGAAGUCUACGCGUUCCACCAGUCAGACACAGCGUUUGACGCGACGCAAGCGUUUGCAACGACAAAAACCCACCGAACUGGACGAUGCCGAUUUUGCCUAUGCCGCCGAUCUGGAAGAGGAGGAUGAAGAGGAUGAGGAGGCGGUGUUGAAGCAACAGCAACAACCCGCUGUGUCAUUGAUGGACCCAUUCUCUGUUGACGCGCUGCAUGCCACCACUUUGGCGGAGAAGCGUCUCAAUCACUUCCAGCAACAACAACAGAGCACACCAUUCGAUGGACAGCCUUCAUCCUUGCCGAACUGCUUUGCCAACACCGCCUCCAUCACCACCUACCAACAUCAUCACCAGCAACAUCAUCAUCAUCAUCACCAUCAAAUGCAUCAACAUCAUAUACGCGAGCGUCGUCUCAAACACGAGGAGUCCUUCGACUCGUCGACCACCACCACAACCAACACCACCGAUACGCCGGCCAGUCCGGCUAGUCCAUCGUUGCGUCGUCAUCAUUUCGCUAUGUUGAAGCGUGAUAAUUCAACACACUCGGAGUCUUCGAGUCGCUAUUCGAGUGUGGAUAGUUUGUUGGAGGCGCGCAAACCCGAUCCGGAGGCUAUAUUGAUCAAUUUGGGUUUUGGUCCGGUCGGUUCGGAGGAUAUACUCUCACGCAUACCGAAACGUUUUCUCAAGCCGUCACAGGUGCGCGGCAUCGAUACAGAGGCUUUCAUACGUCGCCUGCAAUUGGCCAGCAAUCUUGCCGAUCACAGCGUGUUGGGCUAUCGUGGUCUCACCGGCAAUCCGGAUAUACCGCCAUCACGUAUUGUCGCCAAAAUUAUGCAACGUUUCGAGGUGAACGAGCGCAAGAAGUCAAUGGGCUCCAUAGAGCACACCAUUUGACAGCGUUCGGUGUCGGGGAAUGCCGUUCUCACCAGUGCCAAAUAAGUACUUUUACAUUGAUCUAACAGUGAAGACAGAAGUUGUUACUAAAUGAAUAAUAUUUAAAUACAUUUUUUUAACUCUUAAAUAAUGUUAGUAAUUCUACAUUUAGUUGUAUGGUAGUUUUAGUGUUUAAUUGAAGUGAGAAAAAAAACAAAUAUUGUAAUUUGCCAUUGUACUUAACAUCGGUUGAACAUUAUUAAGUUAUUAUAUUGAAGAAAAGGAAAUUGUUACUUAAUUUAUUCAAAAUAAAAUUAAUUAUAAAUUUUUUAAAUUUUGAAAAAAAAUGUGUUUGUUACUAGCGGCCUUUGUGGGUUUAUCAGGGAUAUCUUGGACUUUUUCUUACUAUUUUCUGGCUACGGAUGCAUUUUCUAGAUAAGUCUUACAAAGGUUGCGGUUCAAUGCUACCAAUCAUAACUCUGAAGGGAUCUCGCCGCUGUGCUAAUUGGCCUUUUGAGGAUCGGAAGAAAAUGACCUUCUCUCUUAAUUAAAUCUUACAAUUUUUUUUUCAGAUUGGAGUAUAAUUUUGUCAUUUUAUCGAGAAUAAAAGUCGAUAAUUGAAGUGAAGUGAAUGGAAGUUCCUAAAUAGAAUUGCCAAACUUGGUGUUUGAGGACAAUGAGUUCUAUAGUUCAACAAGCUUAUCAUUUUCUUUACUAUUCUACUGAUAUCUUCGACAUUAACGUCGUGUCAUUGUGGUAUACUUCAGAUGAAUUUGUUGGACAUAUAGAUUUUUGCCAGAUCGUUGAGAUUUCACCCCCAAAUUUAGAGGUCACUGUCUAACUUGAUGAUCUUCAUUGCAUUAUUUGAAUUUUCGGCGAGACCUGUGCUCGUGGGAACGCAGUAUAUCAAAAUUUUUCGAAUAUUACUUAGUUAUUUUUACGAAAAAAAUAAAAAUUCUUUGGUUUCCAAGUAAGUCGAAAUGAUUAAGAUUAUCUGACAGGGUUACACGGAAAUAUUGAUAGAUUCUUUUGGUUUUGAGGUCUACUUCAAGUAUAAUUUAAUUUCUCAAUCUAUUUCCAAUUAUUUAUCGGAAAGUUGAUCUAACUGUCCUCAGACGAAUCUUAAAAGUUCUGUUUUUCAACUUUAAAGUUUCUUUCUAUAUAGCGUCUUCCUUCUUAGAAUCAUGUGUCUUAAUUUCUUUCUUCUUUCUUAAGAUUGUCGUUGGUUUCGAAGUUCUUUUCCGGUUCUAAAGCAAAAUAUCAUCAUUAAAGUAGAUCUUUAUAGUUCUAGGUCUCAUGAAAGUUGGUAUUGAAGUUUCGAAGAAGCAUAUGUAGCCGAACAGUGUUCUAUAAGCCUGUUGAGAAUUAAAAAUUGAUGUCAGACGGUGGAAAAAUUGGUUUUGAAAACUCAGAAUACUUAGCUGAAUUCGAUUUCGAAGUUUUUUGUUUGAAAUUUUCAAUUCCUAACAAAUCUAAGACCUUGUUUCUAGCACUUAUUCAUUGUAUUCAUUCGAAGACCACUAAUUGGGUGCCAACAAGCAGAAAUUUCGAAAUCACAAAAUACCAACAAUAAUUGGUUCAAUUGGCUGCUAGUAUUUCCAGAGAACAAUACUAUUUAUGCCUACAACAACCCUUUAACAUCACCAACACAUACUCGUAGGCCACGAGCAAUUAUUUAAAAAUAAACACGUUAAUGGCUAAGAAUAGAUAUUCAAACAAUAACUUGCACACAAAAUGCACACAAUGGGGGUAUUAGUUGAAGAAAAAUGGGAAAUCAUGCAAAAACAACAACAACAACAAUGAAUGUUGUGUACCGAGUGUGUGUGUGUGCUGUGCACAUUGCAAAGCAAAUGCUCUUAUCUCAUCGAAGGUAUCGACGUCAAAGGCCAAGAAUGCGUAAACGGCCGCAAUGUAAUGUUUGUCGUUUCUGCCAGUUGAUGAACAAAUAAAUGAAUUCAUAGAAAAAUCAUAAAAAACUUAAAUAUCUGUUCAAGCGGAUGUGUAUGUGGGUAUGUUUGUGUGCAUGUGGCUACUAUAGUUUUGCUUAUCAAUGACCACUUUUACACUCAUUCACUCAUAAAAAUCUAUAAAGAAAGUCAAUUCAUAACAAGCCACGCCCAUAUUUUUACAGUCACAAACAUAUCAUAUAUGUACAUAUAUAUAUGUGGUUUUUCUUGUAAAAUGCCAGGAAUGUGGAGAUCUCUGAACUGCUCCUUCCAUUGCGUUGGCACUUCCAUUGGGUAGCUUGAAAGCAAAUGCCAAUUAGUGUAAAUGAAUUUCAACUGCAAGCGAUUGCAUUGCGGUCAAUCACAGGCAAUUGAAAGUAAUCAUAAAGCGUUGCUGCAAAACGAUUUUUGCAAAGCGUUAUGAUAAGUGCACCCAAACAUACCCACAUACAUAUGUAGAAAUAAAUACUUGCCUACCAAUGACAAGAUGUUACGGUAUAUAUGUACAUACAUGCAUAUGUAUGGAAUGAAUGUCUGGCUAGAAAGAUGAGCAUUUGGCAAAAAUGCUACUUAUGUGCGUGCAUCGUCUACAAAUGCUAAGCAAUAAUCAGUACUUUCGAACACUCCCAGAAUUAACCCUGUAGUGUCUAAAUAUGUUUUCAGAUUUUUUUUUUGUUUUUGAAUGAUCGAGGGAGUAUUUAUAAUGGCGAAACGAAGACUAAACCAGUUUUAAACCGUUUCUGGUACAAUCCCACGACAGUCCGACCUCCGUAACAUAGUAAAAUCGGCAGACAGUCAGAUAAUUAUCCAAAAAAAUUAUUUUUUUAAUUCUCGAAGGUUGAUAUUUGUUGUAGGUUAGGUUAGGAGUAUUGGUUUUCUGUCGGCGCAUUUAGACUUUGGGUGGCACAUUACCGAGACUAGAAUACCCUCACAAGAUUAUGUCCACUCUGAACCAUCCUGUGGUCUUCAUUAAGUUAUAUAUUACAAAAAGAUUUAUAUGUGAACUUCCGAGACAGCCUUGCAUCCGUACAAAGUAUCUUCUUCUAUCGCUCUUGUCAUUCCUUUCAAAUUUCCAUAGUCGGCAUAUGCUACCCCUAUUCCGUUAACGUUUGUCAGCUUAUUGAGCUUCGGUUACUCUGAGUGGAGUUACACUCUAACCGGAUGCCGGACCCAAAGUACGGCAAAGGUUUUAGAUGGGCCUCGAGUUCUACCAAGGUGCCUAGAGUGUCCAUACCACAAGCCAAUUAGGGGUUUAGGACGUCAUGGUAGGUAUCCAUGGUAAUGA